CCACUUGGCAUCAGGACGAGGACGAGGAGCUGUGGCCUGAGUUUCCCCCGUGCUCGUCCCCAGAGGGGGCCCCCAGCCCCACAACCCCCACAUCCCCUGUGUCCCCCACAUCUCAUGUGUCUCCCUCAUCCCCCACCUCCCCAGCAUCCCCCACGUCCCCCACAGCUGGCACCACCGAUGGCACAGAGGGCAGCAAGAGGGGUGCUCCAGCGGGGGGGCCACGGGGCCGGGCACCCCCUGGUUCGGCAGGGCAGAGACCGCGGCUGGAGGGGGCCGGGGGGCAGCCCCGUGUGGGGUCCCGGGCCUAUGGACGCAGUGCCAUCCUGGAAAAGUUCGGAGGUGCCGCCACGGGGCCGGCCCCGCACCUGCGGCGAUCGGGCAGGGCCGCCACGGUCAAGACGAUGCUGCUGGAGUGGUGCCGCGCCCGCACCCGCGGGUACCCGAACGUGGACGUGCAGAACUUCUCCGGGAGCUGGGGCAGCGGCCUGGCCUUCUGUGCGCUCCUGCACAGCUUCUUCCCCGACGCCUUCGACUUCGGUGCCCUUGAGCCCGACGCCCGCCGGCACAACUUCGCCCUGGCCUUCGCCACUGCCGAGGAGCGGGCGGGCUGUGCCCCGCUGCUGGAGGUGGAGGACAUGGUACGGCUGCCGGUGCCCGAUGCCAAGUGUGUGUACACGGAAUACGCCCUUAUGGGCGGGGGACUCCUUCAUGGACACGCCUCUGGAGUGCGGCCACUACAGACCACGCCCUGACGCGGAACGGUUCCCGUCGGGGAAACGAAACCGGAGCAGGGCCGGAGCCGGCCAGAUCUCCCGGCGCCCGCUGGACACGAAGGGACCGACCCGCAGGGCACCCAGGAUGCCCACCAUGACGCUCUGGCUGCCCCUGGCAUGGCUGGUGGCCACAGCCACAGCCACUGUCAGCCCGGUGCCCAUGCCGGAGGCCUCUCCCAGCGGGAUGAAGCUGCUCACACAGCCCCUGACACCACCAGUGCCCCCCAUCCUGCUGGCCCCCCCGCAGGACGUGGGGGCACCUGUCCUGCCUAUGCCCACGCAUCAUGCCCACCCUGAGGGGCUGCCUGGCUGGGAUGCCCCUCACAGGGCCACGGAUGCCCCCAGCCCUGCAGAACCCGAGGGAGCCCCUGAGGAGCCAGGAACCACACCCUACAGGACCACGGCUGUGCCCACCACUCAGGGAACCCCAGGCACUACCACCUCGCCGUGCCCCGGGGACGAGGAGCCAGCCGAGGCGUGUGGGGAGCCCACGGGGGAGCAGUGGGCAGCCGUGGCAGAGGCACUGGGCUCCUUCGCCCUCCGCUUCUACCAGCACAUGGCCGAGGCCGCCCAGCCCGACGCCAACCUGCUCUUCUCCCCCCUCAAUGUCGCCACAGGGCUCUCACACCUGCUGCUGGGUGCCCGCGGCGAGACCCGUGAGCGGCUGAGCACCCUCCUGGCGUACCCACCGGGGCUGGGCUGUGUACACGGUGCCCUGCAGCAGCUGGCCAGCUUGCCUGGCCUCUUCUCGGCCGCCCAGAUCUUCCACCACCCAGAGCUGCGCCUCCGGCCUCGCUUCCUCAACGACUCCCUGCGCUUCUACGGCGCCCACCCGCGCACCCUGAGCGGCAACGAGAGCUUGGACCUGCAGAGCAUCAAUGCCUGGGUGCGGGAGGCCAGUGAGGGGCUGCUGCCCGCCCUGCUGCCCGCGCUGCCCCCGCAGCCCCACCUGCUGCUGCUCAGCGCUGUCCACCUGCGCGCUGCCUGGCGCACGCCCCUGGACCCCGAGCAGACGGUGCCGCUGCCCUUCCUGCGCCCCGGACGCCCCCCUGUCAAGGUGCCCACCAUGACCAGCACCAAGUACCCAGUGGCCUCGUUCACCGACUCCCGCCUGCAGGUCCAGGUGGGGAGGCUGGAGCUGAGCGAGGGGCUCAGCCUGGUGGUGCUGCUGCCACGGGGGCCCCUGGGGGCACUGGAGACCCUGGAGCGGGCGCUGGACCCCCCCACCUUCUUGGCACUGCUGCGGCGAGCAGCACAGACACCCCCCCGGGCCACCACGCUGGCCCUGCCCCGGAUGCACCUCGACCUCACCCUGGACGUGGUGCCCCUGGUCCACGACAUGGACUUCGGGCUGUUUCUGGACGCAGAGCUGUGCGGGCUGGCAGAGGGCCCGGCCGCGGUGGACACGGCGCGGCACCGGGCGGUGCUGGCGCUGGACGAGGCCGGCGUGGAGGCGGCGGCUGCCAUGGCCACCUCGGUGGCGCGCUCGGCGCUGGUGCUGGAGGCGCUACGCCCCUUCCUCUUUGUGCUCUGGCACGACGCCGGCGAGGUGCCCGUCUUCAUGGGCCGCCUCAGCGACCCCCGGCCCUGACCCUGCCCCUCCUGUCCCCGCCCUCCCUCCUCUCACCCCUCCGUCCUUCCCUCUUGCCUCCUCCUCGCCCUCCUCCCUCCAUCUCCGCCUUCUCCUCUCCCUCCCUCCUUCCCUCUCUCCCUCACCCCUUUCCUCCCUCCCUCCCUCCCUCCAUCCCUUGUCCUUCCUUCCACCCCUCCCUCCGCCCAUUCAACCACCGUCCAGCUCCAUCCUUCCCUCUCCUUUCCCUCCCUCCCUGCUUCCUCCCUCUCUCCCUCCAGUUCUCCCUCCCUCUUCCCCCCUCCCCCCCAUCUCCCCGUUCUCCCUGUCCAUCUCCCCACCCUUCAUCCACCCCAGUUCCCCAGGGUACCAGAGGGUCCCUGCUCCUCCCGUGCCUCAGUUUCCCCACCAGCUCGGGGUCCCAAUAAAGGCUCCGAGCCCCUCACUGCUCCUGUGCGUGGGGAGAGGGAGCGGGCCGGGGCCAUCAGGGACCCCCA